UAUCAAGAUGAGGCAAAACUUUGUUCCGGUCUAUAUUUAUAUAAGAGACCAGACAUACCUUCUCAACGCAAUCAGAUCAACAUUCUUAAUAACAUUCAAAAUCACACGAAAGUCCCAAAGAAAGCCUUGAAGGCGUUAUUUCACUACAAUCAUCAUCAAUACUCGCCCUUAGAACAAAAUGCCCAACCAGACCCGCGACUACGGAGAUCUUAGGGUCACCCUGACCAAAGAUUUCACAUUCGGAUGGGAUAAUCGACAUUUCGGCUCUACCCAAGGAUGCACAUUUUGGCACCCCAAUCCACAAGGUGACCUUUACGCAAUGGGUUCGAUUUGUCUUAGCGAUCGCAACAAUCAAGGCGAAACAAAUUUUCGAGCUGCGCUCCUAGUCGGCGCCAAUCCAAACACGAGUGGAGGUCGGACCGCUGUUAAAAGGCCUGUUGACUGGACUAGAAUUUGGGGGUAUGGUGGUGGGAGUGGAAGUGUCGCAGCGAUUCUGUGGCGGCCCGUUGCCCCAUCUGGCUAUGUUUCAAUGGGUGAUGUAAUGGUCCAGAGCCUCAACAAACCCAAUCUCAACAGUCUGGUAUGGUGCUUACGUGCCGACCUAGUCGGGUACGGCACUUACAUGGAUACUCGUCCAUGGAAUGGCAGUGGUGCUGAUUUCGGGCAAGGCCUCUCCAUCUGGAAUAUUCUUCCCAGUGACAACGGCGUUGAUGGGAGUGAAUAUAUUCCCGUCUUUGCCGAUACAUUCCGCGGCCACUUAACACCCAACUACACCCCUACCAAGCCCAAUACCGGAAUAGCUGUCGUUCCUCAGCUGAAAAUCCCAAACGCCUUUAAAGAAUUCACUCAAGGCGUUCCCAAAGUAACCCCUACUACCAUUCCCAACACCGGAAAACGCUACGAUGUAGUUGAGAAUGCUAGCGUGUGUCUUCCACUUACAUGCUAUUAUCCGGUUAGCGAUCCCCGUUGCAUCGAAGGAAUUUCAAACCCAUUCAUUGAAAUCAGCAAGGGAACAAGCUGGGUCGCAGAAGGCGUUUGGAGCAAUGACGGCAGUGGUCCUUUCAGUCGCGAAAAGAAAAUCAAAUACGGGUUGAGUAAGACAAAGACUGAUGAGAUGUCUCACAGCGUUGGCGUCGAAAUCAGCGCUUCGCAUGGAUUCAAACUCGUCGAAGUUAAUGUGACGCUUAACUAUCAGUUUACGACCUCAAGUUCUAGCUCGUUGACCGAGUUUACAGAGUCGGAGGUGACAGAGAGAUUUGAAGUUCCGCCAAAGAGUGUAACGGUUUUGUUCACCAAACAUGUUUUUUUGAAAGGUAAGCGGAUGGAUGGAAGUACAGUGAUUAAUCAAGCGGAAGCUAUUGCAAAUGACGAUUUGCAUUUUGGAGGUUGUCCUCUGCCUUGAAUGGUUCUUCAAAAUUCGCCUGGAGUUGAGGAGACGGCCUCUCACUUCUAGCUUCUCUCUCUAGUACAAUGAUUUCUCUUAGUUUCCUAUAUCUCUAAAACUUAUUUCCCUUCCCAAAUUUUUCACCAAGGAAGAUACAACACUCUCUGCUUUGGCAAUCAAACAUUAAUUCAACAUUAAUUUGCCUUUGCUAGUUAGCUUUGUCUUUUAGUCUUCUCAAUCAAACUUUUACCACUUAUUCUUGCUGAAAA